UGCGUGGCACUGAUCAUAAAAUAUCAAAGCUGGAAUGACUUCACACCGCACUAUGACCUCUUCUCUUUAGGCUCAGCUCUGCUGCUCUUGGUACUUUUUGUAAAUUUUCAGUUUGUACCAUCAACAAGUGCAGCCCCAAUUGAUUGCCAGAAGAACACUGCUGUCUGCUUCGAAGAAAUCAUGAAGGAACUGACCCAACUUCGAUUUGAGGUUAAAAUUCUCACAGAGAACAGAGCAUUGGUGCGAUGUAUGUGUACUUUUUUUUAAUUGUACUUGUUAUUCCAUUUUAUCUUUAUCAUUAUACAGUGUAUCACGAAAAAGGUAGUCUUAUGCAGGGCGAUUUCCAUUUAUUUUCAGAGGAAUAAUUUUUUACGAAUCGAGAUGACAAAAUUUUCAGCAUGCUUGGAGCUCUUAUCUUUAGCAACUCUUUGUUCAAGCUGCUGUUUAGCUGAACAUUGACAACAGAAUAAAUUAAAUAUUCUAAACUUUUUUCGAAUCUUUGGUCAUUUGUCGAGUUUUUUCAAAAUAAUUUUUUUAUUCUUAUCUUAUGAUUUGAUGCGCUUUUAAAAGAUAAAAGAUAUAUGAAGAAUCCAAGUCCGUAGUCUUCUCUCCAAGACAGAUACUUUGUCAGAUGAUAUAAGCACAUUCAUACCAAACCCCCUCUUUGAGAGCAUGCCCAAAACGUCAAGCAUCUUUAUUUUAUCUACAACAGCUAGGAACUGUGCUGAGCUGUACAAAUCCGGACGAAGGAUCAGUGGUGUUUACACUAUCGACCCAGAUGGUUUAGGCGCCUUUAAUGUAUAUUGUGACCAAACUACAGCCAACGGGGGAUGGACGGUGAUCCAGAAGAGAAUGGAUGGCUCCGUUGAUUUUAACCGCACCUGGAACGAAUACAAACAUGGCUUCGGUAACUUGGUCGGUGAGUUUUGGCUCGGACUGGACAAGAUAAACCGCCUGACUCGAAACAAGACAAAGAACAAGCUUCGGGUAGAUCUGGGGGUAACUAAUGGCAAAACUGUUCACCCUGAGUAUGACUGGUUUGGGAUUGGGAACGAGACAGCUAAGUAUCGGCUAUACAUUGGCAAUAUUACAAGUAAGUUAACGGUGUUUUUUUUUCGGCAUUUAUCAUUCGAUUUAUAUAUAUUAAUUCACUCUCAUUUAAAUCUCAAUAUUUUACUCUACUUGGUCGAAUAAUGGUAUUAUAAGUUGGCAAGGUAGUCCUGAGGUAAACCUGAAUGUCUGAUUGGUUCUUAUUCGAUCUGGAGUUAGGUCUUUGUGCCACGUAAGGAACUCACUUCUUACUAACCUUCAGUUUUUCCUUUAUUUCCUUUUUUGCGGAAAACAACAAGUUAUUCGCGGGAAAAAGGCGUUAUACGGAUCCUAGAAUUAUGCGAAUUUCUUUUGUUCUGUUUUGAAACAGAUGCCACCGUUUCCUCUGAUUCCCUCGGUCCCCACAGGAAUCUCGUUUUUGGUACCUGGGAUAGAGAUCCUGUUGAUUGUGCUCAAAGAGGUGGCAGAGGCUGGUGGUAUGGCAGCGGUAUUAAAUGUGCUGUUUUGUCAAAUCUCAAUGGUAUUUAUCCGCGUUGUGGAAGGAAAACUUCUCCAAAGAUUCACUGGGCAAAGUUAAAUCGAACCAGUGCCGAAGGCAACGCUCCUUCAUCAACUGAAAUGAAAAUUAGACCGGUGGACUUUUAA